AUGCGCAAGUGGAUCUGUUGUACAUGUCAAAUAGAAGACUCAAAUGAAGAGGAACAACUGAAAAGUUCGCAGCAGCAGUCUGAUGCAAAUCAUAAGAAUCCAAAACCAGCAGCUGUUGCAAAGCAUGAGGUGCAGAAGGAAGCUCUUCCCAUCGAGGUUCCUCCCUUGUCUUUGGAUGAGGUGAAGGAGAAGACCGAAAAUUUCGGGUCAAAAGCGCUGAUUGGCGAAGGAUCUUACGGAAGAGUAUACUAUGCGACACUAAAUGAUGGUGUUGCGGUUGCUCUGAAGAAACUUGAUGUCGCACCUGAAGCUGAAUCAGAUGCCGAGUUCUUGAGUCAGGUUUCCAUGGUUUCUAGACUGAAGCAUGAGAAUCUCAUUCAAUUGCUUGGCUUUUGUGUUGAUGGAAACCUUCGCGUCCUUGCAUAUGAGUUUGCAACAAUGGGAUCAUUGCAUGACAUCUUGCAUGGUAGGAAGGGAGUUCAAGGAGCACAGCCAGGUCCAACACUUGACUGGAUAACGAGGGUGAAAAUAGCGGUUGAGGCAGCUAGGGGUUUGGAAUACCUUCAUGAGAAGUCUCAGCCUCCUGUAAUCCAUAGAGACAUAAGGUCUAGCAAUGUUCUUCUUUUUGAGGACUUCAAGGCAAAGAUUGCUGAUUUCAAUCUCUCAAACCAAGCGCCUGAUAAUGCUGCUCGUCUCCACUCUACAAGAGUCUUGGGAACUUUUGGUUAUCAUGCUCCAGAAUACGCAAUGACUGGACAAUUGACUCAGAAGAGUGAUGUGUACAGCUUUGGGGUUGUUCUUCUAGAACUUCUGACAGGGAGGAAACCGGUCGAUCAUACCAUGCCUCGUGGUCAGCAAAGUCUUGUAACCUGGGCAACACCAAGACUCAGUGAAGAUAAAGUGAAACAGUGUAUUGAUCCGAAGCUAAAAGCUGAUUACCCUCCAAAAGCAGUUGCUAAGCUAGCAGCUGUUGCAGCAUUGUGUGUGCAGUACGAAGCUGAGUUUAGGCCAAAUAUGAGCAUAGUUGUGAAGGCGCUACAGCCGCUCCUGAAAACUGUAGCUCCAGCUCCAUCUCCAGCACCAGAAUCUUGA